UGAACAGAUGCGAUUGGAACAUAAUAAGUCUGAAAAGGAAUACGAACAGUGCCUGGACAUUUUGAGCGAAUGGGCAGAUACUCAAAAACAUUUUCCAGAAAAACCAGACCGAUAUAUUCUGCGCUAUGUGUUACUCUCCAACAAGUUCAGUAUCGAGAGGUCUAAGGAAAAACUGGACAUGUAUUACAGCGUACGCAACCUCAUGCCAGAAAUCUUCUCAAAACAUCCACUAUCACCAGAGUUCAUAAAGGAAAGCAGAGUAAAUUAUGCAAUACCAAUGCCCAAACCUGGUCCAGGCUAUAAAAGGAUCGUGUAUUGCCAACAUAAUCCAGAAUUUGGAGCGGAAUAUUUCUAUCCAGAGAAGUUCCUUAUACAUAUAUUGCAUGUGGCAGAACUGAUAUUCCAUACAGACGAUUGUUGCAAUUAUCACUUCAUCUAUGAUUGCAACGGUUUAACAUUAGGACAUGUACCACGAUUCAGUCUAGUGGUUAUGAAGAAAGUAGGCUUCCUACUUGAUAAAGUGUUCUCGAAUCGUAUGGCAUCUAUCUACGUAGUGAAUUUUCAUCCGUACAUGGAGCAUAUAGUGAAUCAUUUUUUCAAACCGUUUUUAAUACCAAAACUUAGAGAACGGUUUUAUGUUCAUGCUGGGACUGACAUUCUAUUGGAAGUGUUUGGAAAAUCACAUAUGCCUAAAGAUAUAGGAGGAGAUGAACCUUCAUUAGCUGAACUAAAUGAUGUGCUACUAAAGACUUUCGAAAAAUACAAGGAUAGGUUUGAUAAAAUUCAAGGUAUGAAAGUUGAUGAGGAUUUGAGACCUGAGAAGCUGGAAAACGAUGAAAUUUUAGGAUUUUAUGGAAACUUUAGAAAUAUCAGUGUGGAUUGAAUAUAAAGAAUGGAGAUUAUAAUUUUUAGAUGAUUGGUUUUGACUCACCUCGUAUAUUAUACCAUGCAAUAUUUCUUAUUUAAGAGUAACUAAUUCAUUUGAAAGUAUAGCAUUAUAAAAUUUUAGGUAUCAAUAUAUUAUCUUAUUUCU